AUGUCGAAGCUCCCGGCCGCGCUCUUGGUUGGAUUCUUCACUAUGUUGGGCACAUUGUCGGCAUUCGAUUUCUUUUACCUCGUCUUGGAGUGGCCUGGAUCAUACUGUGAUGCCGCGACCAGCUGCUGCUACCCACAAUCCGGGAAGCCAGCCUCCGAUUUCUCGAUCCAUGGGCUCUGGCCAAACAAUCUCGAUGGAAGCUACCCCGAGAACUGCGAUCCCUCGAGACCAUUCAAUGCCUCUCAAAUUGGAGGUCUUCGCGGCGACAUGGACGCGCUGUGGAGCUCGCUAUCCUGCCCGAGUAGCAACAGCGAGAAAUUCUGGGCGCACGAGUGGGAGAAGCACGGGACGUGCUCGGAGAAGAUCCUGCGCAGCCAGCGCGAUUACUUCGCCGCUGCGCUGCGCCUGAGGAAGAGCGUGGAUCUUCUGGGAGCGCUGGAGCAAGCAGGAAUCUCGCCCGACGGAAAAUCCUAUGCCCUUUCCCUGAUCAAGAACGCGCUCCAGGACGGAGGAUAUGCCCCUGGAAUCACCUGCAAUGCCGACGACGACGAUUCCGGGAGCUCCCAGCUCUACCAGAUCUAUCUGUGCGUGAGCAAAGAGAAUCUAGAGAUCACGCCCUGUCCUAGGGAGCGUUCUGCGAUCGAUCGCUCCAUAAUGGAAGCUGGAGCGCCGAGCGACCGGCGCAUUCUUAGGUUCGACUGCCUGCUGGAUUGUAUUGUUUCUGGAUCUCUUUCUUUCGGGUUUAACGCUGCUACCUCGCAUGGAUUCUGGGGUCUUGCCGCUUGA